AUGUCGUACCACGACACGUCGGACGAAGAGGGCGAGAUCGUGGCCGCGCCCGCGCCCGCGCCCGCGACCGACGUCGCGGGCAAGCGGCGCGGACGAAGCCGGAGCGGAUCCCCCCCGCGGCAUCAGAGCAAACGCGCGGCGCGGAUGGACGAUCCGUCGUCCUACCGCGACGACGACAGAGACAGAGACAGAGACAGGGACAGAGACAGGGACAGGGAAAGAGACAGGGACAGGGACAGAGACCGCGACCGCGAUCGACGGCGCGGGGACAGCCGGGACCGCGACCGGGAUCGGAGGGACCGCGAGCGGCGAGAUCCCGGAGAUCGCGACCGCGACCGCGACCGCCGCGCGGACCCCCGCGACAGCGCCCGCGGCGGGGAGCGAGGACGAGAGAAGCCGCGCGAGCAAGACCCGCGGGACAGCCACAAGCCCGGGACCGCGCGCAAGGUGGUCGUCGUCAAGCGCGGCGGGAACGAGGCGCGGAGGGACGACGACCGAGAUCGGGAUCGAGACCGAGAUCGAGAUCGAGGUGCGUUCUAUACACUAGUCCCCAUAUGA